UGGGCUUAACCGUAAACUUAACCAUCAUCAUCGCGAGAGAGGAUCAUUGAGACAAGAAAGACCGAUGGCGAAAGUUGGAGGAAGUCUACGGACCAUUGGUGUGAUCACCAAACUGGACCUGAUGGAUGAAGGGACAGACGCACGAGACAUCCUGGAAAACAAACUACUGCCGCUCCACAGAGGUUACAUCGGGGUGGUGAACCGCAGUCAGAAGGACAUUGAUGGAAAGAAAGACAUCCGCGCUGCUUUGGCUGCUGAGAGGAAGUUCUUCCUGUCCCACCCGGGGUACAGACACAUUGCAGAACGCAUGGGCACACCACACCUGCAGAAGACCCUCAAUCAGGUGAAUGCAGAAUUUAAGAGAAUCACAACAAUUCAUUUGCAAUCCAAGUUCUUCUCUUCGCUGGAUAUUCACUCUACCAGCCUGAUCGACGUGUAUACCAAGAAAGGUGGAGUUCAAGGGAAGAAGAUCAAAAGCAUCAUGCUUCCCAUAACCCAGAGCAUCGACAACAGCAGUCAAACGGCAAUGGCAGAGACGGUCUUCGGAAUAUUUGUCAUUCGACACGAAGGUGCAGAUUCUGGGGAUGACCCCGAGAACGUUGGGAUCAUUCUGGAGCGGCUCAAAGUGUUGGAUGAGUUGGGAAACGUAUCUUUUGCGGUGGCGAUGAUGCUCUAAACUUGAGCUACCCUCCAGAGCUGAAGUUUACAUUUGAAGCACUGCAGAAAAUAAUGAUGGAGCUAGAUGGAAACAGACUAUCCACAAAAGGACAAGUCCUCAAAACAUUGCUUUCCCAUGCCUAAUGUCACGGUUUGGGAUCGCCUCAUGUUCCAAACACGCAGCCAGAGAUUCGGUGACUCACCUCUUUGACAGAAAUGUUGAUUGUAUGCAAGAAGUAUAAAAGUAAGCAUUCAAAGUUGGCUGUAGCAUGGUUACGUGGACCUCACU